AUACUUACCUUUUUUCCCACGUAGUUGGUGAUACUUGUAACAAUUGUUUUUCAUGUUUUCUCUGAUAGAGCAGACCCUUGUAAAAAUGAAGUGUAGUUUUCGUGUGAAAUGAAUGAAGAAAGUUAUAGAAUUUAUUGAAAGUAUCUGGGUUGCCAUGGCUUCGAACCCAAUUUUAAAUGACACAACUGUAAAUAAAACUGAAUUUGCCGAGAAGUUAAAAAAUGAAGCCAACGAAUACUUUAAGAAGCAAGACUAUGAAAAAGCCAUUCAGCUGUACUCUGAAGCAAUUGAACUGAAUCCAAAUGUGGCAGUUUACUAUGGCAACAGGAGCAUAGCGUACCUGAAGACAGAAUGUUUUGGCUAUGCGUUGAACGACGCAUCUCGAGCCAUAGAACUAGACAGUGGUUAUGUGAAAGGCUACUACCGUAGAGCGGCAGCACUCAUGUCUCUUGGGAAGUUCAAGCAAGCGUUGAAAGAUUAUGAAACCGUAACUAAAGCCAGGCCUAAUGACAAGGAUGCAAAAGCCAAGUAUGCAGAAUGUAGUAAAAUUGUUAGGAAAAUUGCUUUCGAAAAAGCAAUUGCAGUUGACGACUGUAAGAAGAGCAUAGCAGACUCCAUUGACUUGGAGAACAUGGUAAUUGAAGAUGAAUACUCAGGUCCCAAGCUUGACAAUGGUAAAGUUACAGAAGAUUUUAUGAAGGAACUUAUGGAACUUUACAAAGACCAAGGAAAACUCCAUAGGAAAUAUGCAUAUAAGAUAUUGCUCGAUGUGAAACAGUUAUUCACGUCGCAGCCAUCCCUAGUGGAUGUAACUAUCGGCCCCAAGGAGAAGUUCACAGUGUGUGGUGAUAUUCAUGGUCAGUUUUUUGACUUGAUGAAUAUAUUUCAUCUGAACGGACUUCCAUCGACAAGUAAUCCAUAUCUUUUCAAUGGAGAUUUUGUGGACAGAGGUUCUUUUUCUGUUGAGUGCAUUUUUACACUGUUUGGAUUCAAACUGUUGUACCCGGAGCAUUUCUUCAUGUCUCGAGGUAACCACGAGAGCCAGACCAUGAACCAGAUGUACGGCUUCGAAGGAGAAGUGAAGGCCAAGUACUCGGCGCAGAUGGCAGAACUGUUCACGGAGGUGUACAACUGGCUGCCUCUUGCCCACUGUCUCAACAGGAGGGUCCUGGUCAUGCAUGGAGGACUUUUCACCAGGGAUGAUGUGACUCUUGAUGAAAUCAAAAAUAUAGACAGAAAUAGGCAGCCACCCGAGGAAGGAGUCAUGUGCGAGCUGCUGUGGUCCGACCCGCAAGUGCAGCCGGGACGGGCCCCCAGCAAGCGGGGGGUGGGGGUGCAGUUCGGCCCGGACGUCACCCGGAAGUUCGUGGACCUCAACGGCUUGGAGUACAUUAUUCGAAGCCACGAAGUGAAGAACGAAGGCUACGAGAUUGCACACGAAGGUCGUUGCAUAACGGUGUUCUCCGCUCCGAAUUACUGUGAUACCAUGGGUAAUAAAGGAGCAUUUAUUAACCUCAACGGAAAAGAUUUAAAACCACAAUUUACGACAUAUGAGGCUGUGCCACAUCCGAAUGUAAAGCCAAUGGCAUACGCCAACUCGCUGCUAAGCCUCUUGUGCUAGUGAUAGUGGUGGGACAGAGUUGUUAUUCUGGUUACCAGCAAAAUGUGGUGUUGUUGCUGCAGAGAUACGUGAAUAUACCAUUAGCUCGGCUGUGAAAGUGUCGUCACUGGCUAAAUUAUUCCUACUGUGCAACAGACACUUCAUUAUUAAAAACAUUUAGUGAA